CCCACGCUCCCACGCUACAGUGCGCUGCCAUCGUAACUAUCAUUCAUCCAUUCUUUCGGUCCGGUGCUGCGCGGUGGGCGUAAGAAAGCACAUUAGACAAACCCUUAUCGCCAUAUAGCUUCAAGAACCGAAGCUUGCAGGCGAGAGGCGAAGCGCUUCCCACCUAUCUUCUUUCUUCUUCUUCUUCUCUUAAUUUAAUGGUGUCCUCUUUUUCUUCCGGUUCACAUUCAAUUUUCCCGCUCUGAUGCUGGCGUGAGAUGGCAUCCCCGAGUUUGACUCUUCUUUGACUCCUCUUCGCUGGCUGGUUCUGUCGCUCUGGUAUCUCCUGUGCUGGCUGUUUUGAUAGUUCUGUCGUGUCUGGGAAGCGGUGUUGGCUUGUUGCGAGCCACGGCUUUGCAGCCUUUUCCACUGCCGCGGCUCCUUUUCAGUGACUUUGGAGGGUUUCGGUCGGUGUAAGCGGCGGAGGAGGAGAGAGGUGGAAGACGAGGGAGCGAUGAAUGCCAGAGUCCGGACAGCGUCGCACGAUAAAGAAAUGGAGGAGGAGAAGAAGACCGAGCUGCAGGGGAACAGAAAGGAAGGAUUCAGCAGAUGCCAGUCUAGAAGACAAAAGAAGAUCGCUUUACAACAAGAUGUUGACAAGCUAAUGAAGAAGCUUAGACAAGAAGAGAACAUCCACAGAGCUUUGGAGAGGGCUUUCACCAGACCCUCGGGCGCACUUCCCCGACUUCCUCCAUAUCUCCCUUCGCAUACACUUGAGCUUCUGGCCGAAGUAGCAGUCUUGGAAGAAGAAGUGGCUCGUCUUGAAGAACAGGUAGUGAAGUUUCGGCAAGGCCUUUAUCAGGAAGCUAUCUGCAUCUCAUCCUCCAAGCAAUCCAAGGAAGGUGAAUCAAAUUUGUGCUUGGAUGGUCGCCUCUUCGAAUGCUCCAAAACCAGCAAACCUUCAGGCAUGGAACGAUUUGGGCUUUCCUUCGACCACUCUGCAAACAUAAAAAACACACCGGAAAAACAGAGAUUUCCUUUAGCCUUUCAUGAAGAUAAGCGAGGCAAAGAGAAUCAAUGGAUCACUAACUUUAGUAGGAACAGCAAGAGAUCUCCGGUAAAGCAUGCUGAUGCACAGACAGAAUGUGCAGUGACUGAUAGAGAGAGAGACUAUGCUUCGGAUGAAGUGAUUCCAAACAAAUUAUCCGAGGAUAUCGUGAAGUGCCUGAUGAACAUUUUCUUGCGGAUGAGUUCAAAGAAGAUAGAAGAUGGCAUGGAGACAUCUCCUUCGACUUCGGCUUCUUGUGAAAGAUAUGUAGAGGCGGAUUUCCAAGAUCCUUAUGGUAUCUGUGCGGAAUUCGGGAAAAGGGACAUCGGUCCAUAUAAGAACUUUCGAUCGAUUGAAGUGAGUUGGAACCAUCAAAACCUUACGGCUUCAGCAUCUCUCAAGCGCAGGCUAAAAGUUUUACUCAGAAAGCUUGAAUCGGUUGACCUAUCAGAGCUCACACACCUGCAGAAGCUUGCUUUCUGGAUCAACAUCUAUAACUCAUGCAUGAUGAAUGCAUUUCUUGAGCAAGGCAUACCAACAAAUCCUGAGAUGAUUGCUGCAUUGAUGACAAAAGCAGUGAUAAAUGUGGGUGGCCACUUUCUCAGUGCAAUUACCAUAGAGCAUAUCAUAUUGAGGUUUCCAUAUUACUGGAAGAAUGUCUCUCCUAAAGAACCAAAAAAUGGUGCCAUGCCAAUAAGAGGCAUCUUUGGAUUGGAGUGGUGGGAACCUCUGGUUACCUUUGCUCUCUCAUGUGGCAGUUGGUCAUCCCCUGCUGUGAGAGUAUACACAGCAGCACAAGUGGAGAAUGAGUUGGAAACAGCCAAAAGGGAUUAUUUGCAAGCAGCUGUUGGUAUAUCCACACCAAACAAGUUGGCAAUUCCUAAGCUGCUUGAUUGGUACCUACUUGAUUUUGCCAAGGAUGUGUGGUCACUGAUGGACUGGAUCUGCUUGCAGCUACCAAGUGAGUUGAGGAGUGAAGCAGCUAAAUGCCUUGAGAUGGACAGGAGGAUUGUUCCACUGGCAAUUCAAGUUCUGAGAUAUGAAUUCAGAUUCAGGUACAUUUUGGCCCCAUAAACAACUCUCUCUCUCUUUCUCUCUCUCUCUGAAGUUUCAGGGUUUGACUGUACAUACACAUGUGCAAGGGGAAAAAAAAAGGAUGAAUAAGUCUUCAAAUAAUCUUUCUAGCUUCCUGAUUCUUCUGCUGGUUUUCAUCUGUGUUUCUUUAUUCAUCUGAUACAUGUAUAUGCCUUUGUUGAGAUACAGCAAAAAUGUCACUAGGAAGAGGUAGCAUUUUAUAUCUUAAGAGACAUAAUUGCAGCCCUCAAAUCAUAAAAGUGAACUGCUUAUGGACAGUGAUGCAAAUUUAAUCAUGCAACAUGUACUUAAAUGUUCAUUUCAUGUCACAAAUUAAAGCGACUAAGUACGCUGAGAACAAAAUUAUAGUAAUAUGUAUAAAUAUUAUAAUAUGAUUAAUCUUUGUUGAGACAUCAAUGUAGUGUAUUAUUUAUUUUACAAAAUGAUACGUCUCAAAACCAUGUUUGAAAGUUUUGUACGCUAUUUAAUAUAAAAAAAUAUUUUUUUUAUUUUUUUUAAAAUAUUAUGACCUGAUUCUAUUGCUUACUCUUUUAUCUAUUUACUUUUAUUUAUUCUCAAAGAAAAUGGUGAUAAGUUUCCAGCAAUACAGAUUAACACAAAAAAAUCAGAUUCAUAAACAAAGUCGAAAAGAUAUAUUGAAUAUUUCAGCAUGAUGUAAAGUAAAGUAAAGUCCCUCAAUUUAUAUUAUUGCCAAUUAAUUGAUAUAAAAGGUAUGUUUUUUUUCACAUGAUGUAACUCAAAUUAUCUUAUAGAACAAAAUACAGAAGUAAUAUUAUGAUCAAAUGACCAAAUAGCUCAUACUCAAGAAGUGCAUAUUGCUAAGUUUUAUAAAGACUAUGCCAACUAUCCUAAAUUACCUAUCAGAACAAUGUUACAUUGACAUUAAACUUUUGGGCGCUUGCCUCACUUUCACCUAUGUCGAUCUUCUCUCUUUUGAAGAUGGUAAAAACAUC